ACAAACAAACAUGGCCUCUGAAGUUGAGAAUAAAAAGGCUACAGCUGUGAGAGAUUCAGGAAGUGUCAGUUUCUCCCAAGUCACCGGUGUUGCUUCUCAGUGGAUUCUGGACUUCAUGUUUGUUAGUCUGUGUCGGAGAUUCAAGGAAGGAGAGUUUGAUGAAUUCAAUGAAACUCUUUCGACUUUCCAGGCCAUGUGUCCAUCACUGACAGGAAGUGUCCACCAUGAGAAAAAGAUCAUAUGUGCCUUCCUUGCAAGAGUCAUGCAUGGAAACCAGUUGGAUGUCCAGUUUGAAGAGGACGUCCAUGUGAUGCCUCUGAUGUCUGCUGCCAAAAUAUGGUCAACGCUAAAGCACACUGUGGAAGACGAAAGUUUGUUCGAAAACAUCACCCAUCUUUUGCUUGUUCAGUCUGUGGCUGUGUGCUUGGAGAAAGGCAAAAGAUCUUCUGCCUCCUCUGCCAUCAAGUGGUUUGAGAAUAACCAUGAGUUCCCUCAGAACUUGAUAGUAAAGCUGUCGACAAUUGUGACACAGAGGGAAAUCUACCACCCAUUCAUCAUCAGCUUCAGCUACAGCCGCCUGCUGGAGACAAUCAAGUCUUACUUGGAUGCCUACUUGGAGAAGAAUCCCUCUGACUACCUUAUCAAGGCAGCCACAAAGAUGGUGCAGUCGUCACAAAACAUUGAGGGUUUUGGAGGAUGUGAGGACAGCUCUCUGUCAGAAGAAGCCAACAAAGCAACAGAGAGCAGAAAGGUAAACAAGAAGAAGGAUGUUUGUUUGAGAACCAAACGGAAACUACUGUCAACCAAAAUUCCGGAUGUUUGGCAAAGUGAUUCAUGCAAGAAGCCGUUUGUCUCUCUCAGAAGAAUCUCCAUAAACAAGCUAUCUGAGAUGACAUCCAGGAAGUCAAUGGACACCUCGAAGAUCAAAAAACCAAAAAAAACACCUCAGAAAUGGACACCCCAUCUUGACAAAUACCUCGAGAAUGGAGUUAAAUGUCACGGCCAGGGGAACUGGUCUCGCAUAUUAAUGGAUUUUGACUUUGAGGGACGCACUGGCACCAUGCUCAAAGACCGCUGGAGAGUUCUAAUGAAGACACAUAGAGUAGGCUGAAGAGG